GCAAUUCGCGACGCGAUGCCCUUCGCUCCCCCGGUCCGUGCUUGAGGGGUGGUGAGAUCUCGAGGGCUCGCCGACUACUCCCGUCGUGUCGUGUCGUGUCGUGUCGUCGUCGUCGAGAGCGACGACGGGGGAGACUGGCCAUCUGUGCGCGACAAGUUCCAAGGAAAUCAAAGCCUCCUUUCAUGUAAAGCUGCGGGCGGUCGUCCGAUCCGGAGUAGUCGUGACGACGAGCAUAAUAAUCGCGUGAUCAAUUUCGUCGUCUUCCCAUGGGAAAUGACGGAGAGAUGUGUUAGAUAUAUUCAACGGUCGUGACGUAUUGUUGUGCGCCCGCGCUCGGACGGAAAAAAAAGAGGAGGAAAAAGAGGAACGUGCGGAAGGAACGAGCGUGCAGCGGAACAAAAAACGCAGUGAGGGGGUAGCGGAGGCAUGUCGGAGAAGAUGAUAUCGAGGCGGAGAACUGAUUGAAACGAGAAAGAGAGAAAAAAAUGACAACUAUCGAAGCCGUUAGUGAGAUGAGUGCGGUACGCCGGGCGGUAUGGUUCAGCGCGGUGCUAUUCGCAGCGACUCCCUUGGCCUACACUCAAGUAACAUGGACGCCGAUCUACGUGGGAGGCUACAGUCAAGUUGAUCUCUGGACACAGAGCACCACCGGCUGCGCCUGCAGCUUUAACUCAUCCAGCAAGGAUUGCGCUUGUUGCGUGCCGUCGGGCGGCUGCAGCUGCGGCAUGGCUUCGCCCGAUAGAUGCGCUCAGUGCGGCCUGGAGCAGCAUUGCGCGAAUAUGUGCAACAUAACGCUGGACAGCAGGUUGCUGUUCAGCAAAUCGGAUCGUGGCUUCGGGCAAAUAAAGUCGCCGUAUCUUCAAGGGCCCUCGAGGUGUACAUACAGAUUCGUGCCGGAUACUGGGCAGCGGGUCGAGCUGCAGAUAUAUCGACUGGUGUCCAUCGGCCGACACAACGGCACUGCGUGCGAGGGCGGUUGGCUUCAACUCGAGGGCAGCGCUCGCGUCUGCGGUCGGAACCAACGCUUCGACCGACCGGUCGUCCUCUUCUCGGACAAGCCGGUCGCGACUCUGCAUAUGCAGAUAAACGAGAACACAACGCGGUCCCAGUUCCUGGCCUACUUCAGCUUCUCGUCCAAAGCGAGCACGUCCGUCGGCUGGCCGGUGAGGGGCGGACAUCCGGUUAACAAUACGGAAUGCGACUCGGUGUACGAAGAUACGCAUUGCCACGACGGAUGCGUUUUAGCGAGUCCCGGAUAUCCUGGGCUGUAUCCGCCAAACAUCCGCUGCCGGUACCUGAUCACGUCCGGUCCGCGGAUCUCCAUCGCCAUCAACUUCACGGCGGUGCUUCUUCCCGACAAGCACUGCACCAGCGACUACAUCGCCGUCUACUCGGGUCCAACCACGUCGAGCACAUUGUUGAAGAUGCUCUGCGGCAAGAACAAGAUAGAUCUGGUGUACGAAGGUCAAGAGCUCCUCGUCGAAUUCAGAAGUGGCCCUGAAGUAGCGCCCUUCGAUUAUAACGGCUUCGUCGCGACGCUGAGUUUUAUAGAACAGACGACGGAAGCCCCGACGACGAUCGCUACCGACAGCACGAAUAAAAGUCUCGAAUUGAUGAAGUCCAACUACAACAACCGCGACCUCCAUGACCACCGCAAGGACCAAGGUACCGUGACCAACAGCUGCGACCUCGAGGUGAGCGGCGAGAAGGUGCGGGCGGGCCACCACGACACCAGGGGCAAGCCCAAGUCCACGACGUGCAAGCUCGUGCUGCGUGGCCGUGCUUACGACACCGGACACGUUUCCCUAGCCAGUUACAACCUCAGCGCGCAGUCCUGCCAGUCGACGAUCGAGAUAUUCGACGGCUCGCCGGAGAGCGGGACGUUGGACAGCAGCAACUCCUUGCAGAAGAUAUGCAGCCCGGCGCAGUGGCUCCCGCGGGAACUCGCGAGUCAGGAUAAGUACGCGGAGCCGAAGCGGCACUCGUCCAACGGCCGGGACAUGACGGUGGUUUUAACACGCGCCUCCAACAGCCCCACCGACGAGGAGUACAUGGAGGUCUCGUACUACUUCCACGACGAACGCGAGGGUGGCACUCAGCAGCCGGCCAGCGUGUGCGACGUCGAAUAUUACGGGUUGACGUCACCGGUGGAGGGUUCGGUGGUGCAUCCGGAACCGCAUCGGCUGUUCGCCAUGGAAGGCCCGGUGAAGUGCAGGCAGCACUUUAUACCGGCGCCCAACCAGUCGGUGGUCAUUACCGUGAAGGGUAGCACGAAGCAGACGCCGAACAACCCGUGCGAGACCAAGUGCGGCGACAGCGGCUGCCACUGCGUCAGCAAGUCCCUGGAGAGCAUGGACCACCUCCUGCUCGUCUCCGAGACCGGACACAUUGUCACCUGUCUCUGCGGGAAUUACCAGGAUUGGCUUCCGGUAGGCAUCCGUAGCUGGACCCCGGUCUACAUCGAGUGGUCGAGGUCGUCGAGGGCGGGUCUCAAUUUCCACGCGGCCUACAAGUUUAUCAAUGACACUUACUGCGGCGAUCACACAACGGCGGAGCCGGAAGGCGAGGUCAAUGGCGGUGAUCUGGCGAGCGCCGGGCUCCAGCUGAAUCAGUAUUACCAGCAGAAGUGCACCUGGAUCCUGGACUCGCCGAUCGACCGGCAGCUCAUCAUCGAAGUCAAGUCCACUCAGAGCCGGCCCUGCACGGCGUGGAACCUGACGAUACACGAGUACAGGAGGAACGGCGACCCCGCCGGAUCCAGGCUGCACACGUUCUGCUCGAGGGACACGCACAAGAAUUUCACCCUGCCGUGGAAGAUGAAUACCGUGGUGGUUAGACUGCAGGCCCUCGGCAGGACGGCGCCGCAGUACACGAUGAGAUGGCAAAGUCAUACGGUGAUCGCCAACACUCGCAAAAGCGGACCAUCGCCAGCCCCGAACUGGCACGUGGUGCGCUCCUCGAGUAAGGCCGAGCCGCGGGGCACGGCUCUCGUCCUCGUCCUAGUGUUCGCGAUCCUACUCGCGCGCCCGUUCGACUGUUGAGACUGCAGUUGAGAGCUCGAGGGGAAGGGCAUCGAGGGUCGAUGCACCACAUACACACGUACUGUUCCUGUUAAUCGAAAAGAGCCGCGAAGCCCACGUUAUACCUAUACUUGUCUCACGUGUACAUAAACCGCGGGUGAGGACCUCGUCGCUCCGGUCCUCGUUUUACGUCGCUCGAUGUGAGAUGUGU